AAAACUGUCGUUGCCAUGGCUGCCUCAUCACUUCGCUCUAUCACGCGACUUGUCCGCAGUGACGUCAGAACAGGUCCACCUGCUCCCAGGGACAAGAUGGCGUCGUCUCGGCCUCUCCUGCUUUUUAGCCGUAGCUUUGCGGGUUCUCUCUGCGUCUUCCUCGGCCUGUUAAGCGUUUUCGUCGUGGGUAAAUGUGACGAGCAGGUGCCGCUUCUUCUGUGGACGAGCGAAGGAACCUCAGUGCCAAGUCAGACUUUGCCUCCUGCAGGGCACAUUGUGGGGCAGCAGCAGCUUGCAGCUUACCUGGAGAAUGUUCUGAAUCUGGGUCCAAGAAAUGUGGUGCUGUUCCUACAGGAUAAGUUGAGCAUUGAAGACUUCACCAUGUACGGAGGAGCUUUUGGGAACAAGCAAGACAGUGCUUUUCCCAACCUGGAGGGGAUGCUGCUGUCCUCGUCUUCUUCGCUGGUCUUACCGGCAGUGUCCUUACCCGCCUCCAACGCAGUUAUUGGCCUGCUCCAGGACCAGUUAGAGACAUCGCCCCUGUACAUGGAUCCUGAGACUCUCAGUCAGCUGAGACUCAACGCCUCCUCACCUGCCCUGCUGGUCUUUAGGCUGCCCUAUGGUGGCGGAUCAGACCUGAUGUCAGCCAAAGAAAUCCUCAGUGGAAACGACGAGGUGGUUGGUCAAGUGCUGAGCAUCAUGAAGACUCAGGCAGUUCCAUACACAGCGGUCUACACCGCUCUGAGGGCGUCCAGGGAUGAACUGUCUCAGUGGACCGAUGCUGGUGUGGGUGGAGGGCGCUCUCUGCUGCAGUACAGAGGUGGAUACAAGGGAAAAAACCGGGACAAAGACAGGGAAGGAGAGAAGGAGAUGGAGAGGCAGAAGAAACUGGAAGAGAGAAAAGGAGUCAAUGCUCCAGUGGAGUUCAAGGAAGGAGAGGAGACCUGUAUUCUGAUGUGGGCCAAAGGUCUUUCAGUGAGCAUUCUGCGCAGCGGCCAGUGGGAAGACCACGACCUGACGGGAUCCACCUUUGGAGAGGGAGCCAAUCCCAAACUUCACGGCUCCAGCUGCGACAAAACCAGGGCAAAGUUGGUCCUAAAUUAUGAGAAUGUCCUGGCUCAUCGCAGCUUCAAACUGAUCUUUGUCAUGAGCCAGCGUCACUACCAGGUGUCGGGCCGCCGCUGGUUCACACUAGACGCCGUGGAGCUGGAAUACGACGGAACUAAAGCCAUAUUUAACGGCAGCCGAAAUAUCUACGCCCCCGCUGAGUAUUCAUACCGUUGCCAAUCAGUCACCAACUUCCGCUGGCCACUGCUGGUCCCGCGCUCCUCUAAAGAUCCAGCCAAUCAGUGGAGGGUCUCCUUUGAUGACUUCCAGAUCCAGGGCUUUAACGUGAGCAAAGGAGACUUCUCCUACGCCAGUGACUGCGCCGGAUUCUUCUCUCCCGGCAUCUGGAUGGGCCUCAUGACCACUCUCCUCAUGGUUCUGGUCCUGACCUACGGCCUGCACAUGAUCAUGCAGCUUCACACCAUGGACCGCUUCGAUGACCCCAAAGGACCAGCCAUCUCUGUGCCGCAGAACGAGUAAAUACCCCCACAGUCUGUCCUCUGUCCUCUGUCUGUCUGUCCUCUGACUUCUGACCUAUGUGCUCCUGCAACCUGUUUUUCUUGGCUGUGUCUCAAGAAAAAACCUGUUCAUCUCAGACGAAUCCCUCUGCUAUCCCGUCAUCUGUCUGUCAUCUCUGCCCUCUGAUAGUCCUCUCUCCACUGACGAGCUCCUGCAAGUCUAUAUUUUAAUAGCCUGUCCCACCUCUGUCUUCCCCCCUGUCCACCCUCUUUCUGUCGUUAGAAUAAUUUAUUUCAUUUAUUUCAAGAAAAUACUAUUUGACAGAAACAUCAAGAUUUAUUCAGAGUUUAGUCUAUCAUCAGCUAAUGUAGGACAUAUGUUUAACUGUGAAACUUAAGAGUUACUUCAUAUAUCUAAGACACUCAAAGUGGAUGAAUAAACUGAUUUUUUUUUUUUUGUUUGUUUACCUUGAUGCAAAUGAAUUGGGGUGCAGCAUUAAUGCUCCAAGUAAAUGUCAUUAAUAAAGUGUGAAAGUUCACACUUUAUUAAUGACACUUUAAAAAUAGAAUCCAGUUACCUUUGAUUUUCUGUGAAAAAAAAACCUAAAGCUAAGCAUUAUUUAUUUUUUUGGAGGUCUUGUGUGAAUUGAUGAGUAUGGGUAGAAGUGUUGUUUGUUGUUCUAGUGUGAUACAGACAAACAACUGUAGCCUCUGUUUCUGUCCUUGGCUGUUAGUUACUCACACACAAAUGGAUUCGGUCGGUCGUCGACGUGUCGAUGCUGGAGUUGAUGUUAGUAAUAUUAUAAAUGUACAGAAAAAAAGUUUAAGUAUUUAAUGAUGAACUGCUGUCCGUGUCAGUAACUGUGUUGAAAUGUAGCUGUGAAUGAACAAGACAUCAAUCAGUUCGGUCUGUACUAUUUAUUCUUGAAGGGAACCUGAUAACGUUUGGUCACUUUUUCUUUUAAACUGUGAAGUUAUUAUAUUUAAGAUGUUUAAAAAAAAAUUCAUAGUGAAUUUUUUUUUGUUUCUUAAUUUGUUAAUUCUAUUAUUAUUUAUUUCUAUUAUUAUUUAAGAUUUUAUGAAAUGUGUGAAAGAGUUUACUUUUUGUGUGGUGAAUAUUGAGGAGUAACUUCCUGUAAUUGCAGUUGUUUUGUUGUUGUGGCCCAAAUAAAACAAUACAAAAUAA